CUGCCUGGUGUUCAGCCGGAUUGUGAGUACACUUGGCCACCUGUCUGACUCAGGGAUAGGUUUGAGGGGCCCCAGAUGAGACGCAGGUGGAAGAUGGAAGAACCACAAGAGAUUUUCUCCAGGAAUGAUGGCCGUGCGGGUGACAUCGUGGUGGAAAAGUUCCUGGUGGAUUCCGUGAAGCCUGCACCCCACGUUCAGCUUGCCUGCAGUGGGCGGUCCUGUGCUUUCCCUUUAGAUGGAAACGAACUUUGCAUAUGGGACACCAAGGACCCUCCUCAGCAGCUGAUGAUCCUAAAAGGACACCGUCAGCCCAUCACCGCCGUGACAUUUGGGAGCAGAGAGAGCCCGCUUCUGGUCUGUUCUGCAUCACUAGAUUGUGUCAUGAUGUGGGGCCUGGAUGAGUGCAGACAGGAAGAGCUUAAAGGGCGACUUCCACGGGGGACCGUUCUCGGCGCCCUCCUGGGAAGGGUGCUGUGUCUGAGGCUUAGUCCCGAUGAUCGAGUGGUGGCGGUGUGUGCGGGGAACAGAGUACUCAUGCUGGACCUUGAGAGCCAAUCCACGCUGGCUGAGCUGGAUGGUCACCACGGCCCAGUGACCGCAGCCGAGUUUUGUGCUUGGCAGACACACAUCCUUAUCUCGGCGUCCGAGGACAGAAGCUUCAAGGUUUGGGACCAUCAUAUGGGAUCAUUGAUACACAGCUCAUCAGUGUUAACAGCCUCCCCCCUCCUGAGUCUCCUCGUGGACCCGCGGAGUCAGCAGCUGGUGGCCGGGUGCACGGACGGCCAGCUUUGGAUCUUCAGUUUGGUUGAGGGGCACCAUUACCGCUGUGUGAUGCAUGUUGACCUCAGGAAAAAGAGAGAGAGUUUCUCCACUAGGAGGGCAGAGUCCAAGCCAGAAGGUGGUCAGCCUCCGUCCACGAAGGCCCCAGAAACAGGAGAAGAGACUGAAGUGGCCCUUCCUGUCCUGAGCCUGGCAGCCUGCGACUGUGGAUUCCUCUCUGAGACCGGCAGCUGCUUGUGGAUUGGAAGCUCCGCUGGUUUGCUCAUAUUUAACUUGGCAAGCUUUGAACUGGAGGGUGUUUUACAUUACAAGGACUUCCGGAGCCUCAGCAUUCAGGUAGCUGGAUCGUGCGCCGUGGCGAGCAGACCCGGCGGUCGUGAGGCCCUCUGCUUGCUCACGUCCAUGUUCGGCAACGAGACGGCCCUGGUGGAGGUGGACCCUGCUGCUCUGCUGAGGUCCCAGCAGCGCCCCCGCCGCGGACCGGACCUGUCGGUGCUGCCCAGCUCCUGUGUCUCACCGACCUCCCCGCUGUACUUCGGACUUAAGGAAAAAAGAACCAAGCCGGCUACUCAGAAACAAGCGGCUGCUCGGAGCAUCGUGAAGGACCACCCGCUGGUUUUCCACAGCAAAAUUCGGUCGUCGGGCUACACGGCUGCCCCGUGUGCAACUAUGUUUUCACCAAAGACUAAUUUCAAAAAUGAUGGUAAAAGAGCUUCAAAAUGCAAAAACAAUUACAGGUGUAAGGAGUACCCUCUGGAGAGUCCUCCGCCCAGCAGACUGAGCAAGCAGCUGCCCGUGGCCCGCGACCAGGCUGCCCUGCUCUGUAUUCAGCAUUCAGCAGGAGAUGGACAGCGGCUGGCCUGUGGCUUAGCCAACCACUUGUCCCUGGUCUGCAAUGCUGAUCUUACUGGGACGCCUGCUGUUUUGUCAGGUCAUGACGGGGCGGUGGGCAGCGUGUGCUGGAGCCACGACGGCCGCUGGGUGCUGUCCGCCUCCCAGGACGGGACGCUGCGGGUGUGGUCAGUGCGCGGCCCGGAGCCAGUGCUGCGUCUGGUAACGGGGGGUAAAGACACGUUCCCUAAGCCUGUCCAGUCCGCGCAGUUUUAUUAUAUCGACGCGUUUAUCUUGUCAUCCUCGGGCCCCGAGGUCCAGCUGCUCAAGCAUCACAUCGACACCAGCAAGGACGACUUACGGAGGUACAGACAGAAGAGCUGGUUCACACGCGUGUGCAGGCUCCUCACGACCGACGCCGUGGAGAUCACCAGCUUGUCCGCGGUGAAUGAUUUCCACUCCUACCUCGUGCUCGCUGCUGGGCGGAACCGGACCUUGGAGAUUUUCGACCUCAACGUGGGCUGCAGUGCGGCCGUCAUCACGGGAGCCCAUUCUCGGCCUGUCCACCAGAUCUGUCAGAAUAAAGGGUCAUCAUUUGCGACCCAGCAAUCCCAGGCUUAUGAUCUCUUUGCGACCACAGCCACUGGUGAUGGGAUAAAGCUCUGGGACCUGAGGACCCUGAGGUGUGAGCGCCGUUUUGAAGGACAUCCAAACCGCGGCUACCCGUGUGGAAUUGCCUUUAGCCCUUGUGGCCGAUUCGUGGCUUGCGGCGCUGAAGACAGACACGCGUACGUGUACGAGACCAGCUCCAGCACUUUCUCCCGCAGACUCGCAGGGCACACCAACACGGUCACCGCUGUGGCCUUCAGCCCGGCUGCCGCUCAGCUCGUCACAGCCACCUUGGACGGCAAGCUUCAGCUGUUUCAGGCCAAGUGAUGCUGACCCACCGGCUGGGCACCGCCCGGGCCGGAGCGUGGCCUGAGUCUGGGUCCUCGUCCUGAGAGAGGCCGGCAGUGUCUGCGCCACCCGCCCUCUGAGCCACCCUCACAGCCGCGGCCUGCCCACUCCCUGACGGGGUUUCCCGUCUUGGAAAAAUGGAAAUGGCGUCCAGCACUUCUGACAGCAUUUGGUCAAGUUAAAACAGAAUGUUCUUCAAUAAAAAAUAACCUCGUA